AUGAAGCCAAACAAAAUCUGCCAUUUUCAACUCUAUAUCUUCUUGCUAGCCUUGGCCUUUGUCUUGGGUGACUGCGCCAUAGGUUUCAUGCGUAAAUACCAUGUACGGAUCCACAAUGGUCUUCGAGACAAAACCAUGGACGUCCACUGUAAAUCGAAGGACGAUGACCUUGGAAGACACACUCUCUCAUCAAACAAGACAUAUGAAUUUAGCUUCAGAGCCAAUUAUUUUCGCUCUACACUCUUCUUCUGUAAUCUUUGGUAUCAGAAUCACCAUGUGGUUUUCGAUGCCUUCACGACUGAUGUAACAUUGCUCGACAAGUGUGGUGGUAAUAGUGACGCAACUAAUUGCAACUGGAAAGGGCAAGAAGAUGGAGUUUAUCUGCUCAACACUGCUAGCAAGAAAUGGAAUUUCAUGUAUCAUUGGGGGCCAAAGCCAUAA